AGAAAGCGGCGGCGGCGGCGGCGGCGGCGGCGGCGCGGCGGCGGCUCGGGCGGCGGCCGCGGGGGACAAAGGGCGGGCGGAUCGGGGAGGGGGCGGGGCGCGGCCAGGCCAGGCCCGGGGGCUCCGCAGGCUGCAGCUGCCCCCGGGCGCCCCCGCCGCCGCCCGAGCCGCACGGAGCGGAGCUCCAGCGCACACGCGAGCGGGCGAGCGGGGCGGGCGGCCCGGAGCCGGCCGGCGGGCGUCCGGGAGGCGGCGGCGCAGGGAGGGGCCCGGCGCGCGCACGUGGCCCCGGCGGCCGCCAUGGCGGACAGCGGCCCCGCGGGGGGCGCGGCGUUGGCAGCCCCGGCUCCCGGGCCGGGCAGUGGCGGUCCCGGGCCCCGCGUGUACUUUCAGAGCCCCCCUGGGGCCGCAGGUGAAGGCCCGGGCGGAGCGGACGACGAGGGCCCGGUGAGGCGGCAGGGGAAGGUCACCGUCAAGUACGACCGCAAGGAGCUGCGGAAGCGCCUCAACCUGGAGGAGUGGAUCCUGGAGCAGCUCACGCGCCUCUACGACUGCCAGGAAGAGGAGAUCCCAGAGCUGGAGAUCGAUGUGGACGAACUCCUAGACAUGGAGAGCGAUGAUACCCGGGCUGCCAGGGUCAAGGAGCUGUUGGUUGACUGUUACAAACCCACUGAGGCCUUCAUCUCUGGCCUGCUGGACAAGAUCCGGGGCAUGCAGAAGCUGAGCACACCCCAGAAGAAGUAAGGGUCCCUGACCCAGGUGAACCGGAUGGUGGCUCCCACAGGACAAUCGCUGCCCCCUGACCUCGUAGCAACAGCAAUACCAGGGAACCCUGCAGCCAGGCCUGGUGCUUUGAGCAGGGCUCCCUCUGUGCCCCUGGCCUAGGGGCGUCUUCCCUUGCCCCCUCAGUUUUCCACUUUUGGGGUUUUUUAUUGUUAUUAAACUGAUGGGACUUUUUGUGUUUUUAUAUUGACUCUGCGGCGCGGGCCCUUUAAUAAAAGUAGGAUAUGCCUUUGAGCAGCUCA